UGUGGCUCCGUAAUUAAUUGUAGCUGCUGUCUCUUAUCGACGUGUUUUUAAAGAAUAUGAAGUAGUUGGUUUUUUUACUGCAGGAGUUGCCAGCGUAUAAGAUUGAGGUCCAACUGUGCUGCUGCUGUUGCUAUUUUACUUAUGUGUGAUGUUGGAUAUGGGAGAAAGGAAAGAAGUGAAAAUGAUUCCAAAAUCAUCGUUCAGUAUAAACAGCCUGGUGCCUGAAGCCGUCCAGAGUGACAACCACCACAGAUCAGCCCCCGAAGAACAGGAGAAACAUCUUUUGCCCAAGCCGGUGCAGGACUCAAAGCCCGAGAACAUUGACAAUACGAAUGAAAAUAGUUCGUCCGAGUUACCUUGCUCAGAAGAAAAGGAAAAGCAGGAAGACAAGAAAGUGGAGUGCAAGGAGGGGGACGGUGGUAAAGACGGGGAAAAGAAAAAUGGCAAAUAUGAAAAACCACCUUUCAGCUACAACGCUUUGAUCAUGAUGGCUAUUAGGCAAAGUCCGGAAAAACGAUUGACACUUAAUGGCAUUUACGAAUUUAUAAUGAAAAAUUUCCCUUAUUAUAGAGAAAACAAACAGGGGUGGCAAAACUCCAUCAGACACAACCUGAGCCUGAACAAAUGUUUUGUAAAAGUUCCACGGCACUACGAUGACCCUGGUAAAGGGAACUACUGGAUGCUGGACCCUUCUAGCGACGAUGUAUUCAUAGGUGGCACAACUGGAAAACUUCGUAGGAGAUCGACAACCUCCAGAGCCAAAUUGGCUUUUAAACGGGGAGCUCGUCUUACUUCUACGGGUCUGACAUUUAUGGAUAGGGCCGGUUCCUUGUACUGGCCAAUGUCUCCUUUCCUUUCGCUCCAUCAUCCCCGGGCCAGCAGUGCAUUGAGUUACAACGGGACCACCGCUGCUUACCCUAACCACCCAAUCUCUUACAGCUCGCUAUUGACUCAAAACACUUUGGGAAACAACCACUCAUUUUCUGCCACAAACGGGUUAAGUGUAGACAGACUUGUAAAUGGAGACAUUCCUUAUGCCACUCAUCACCUCACAGCAGCAGCCUUGGCUGCCUCCGUGCCAUGUGGUUUAUCAGUGCCCUGCUCAGGCACGUACUCCUUAAACCCUUGUUCAGUAAAUCUUUUAUCAGGGCAGGCAAGUUACUUUUUCCCUCAUGUCCCACACCCUUCAAUGACUUCUCAAAGCAGCACUUCAAUGACGGCCAGGGCAGCUUCCUCCGCGUCUCCACAGGCUCCUUCAUCUCUCGCCUGUGAGUCUUUAAGACCCUCUUUGCCAAGUUUUACUGCAGGACUUUCUGGAGGACUUUCUGAUUACUUUCCACAUCACAGUCAGGGGUCUACUUCAAACCCUCUUAUACACUAACAAACAUCCACUGGAUCAGACUACCCUAUGUGUGGCUAUACAGAAAAAAUGGAACUGUCCUAUUUCAGCAAAAAAAACCAACAAACAAGCAGAUUGCAUUAUGUCUGUAAAUUGUGCAUGUAUAUAUUCUUACUGUAAAUGAUUGUGGUUGUUAACAUGAAAACCCUGAGGUUUGUGAAAGUUUAGACUAUCGUGUAUAAGAAGAUGUUUUUAUAGCCCUAUACGUGGGACAACAUUGCUGGUAAUUGUAAAUCACAUGACUUGAAUGGCAGCUUUAUACAGUUCAGAAUUAUUUCCAUGACAGCUAUCCAUCUUAAUAUAAUGUAAACAGCAUGUUCCAAUACCAGCAUGAAAUUUGAAAUGCUGGUGUCAUUUAUGUCCUGAAUAUUCCAUCUAUUCUAUCAAGCUUUAAUUAAUUGGUUGCUUUCAGAAAUAAUUUGACAUAUCGUUUAGCAAGCAUGUAAGAUGCGAUGAAAUAUCUGUUGUACUCCUUUAACGAGACAUUAUUAUAUGUUAAAAUACUCACCAUUUCUUAUUGGUAGUUACAAGUAACCUCUUUUUUGGGGGGACUAAAGUGUUCUCCCUGCAACAGCUACUCUUAUAUGAAGUAAACAUAUAAAACAUACCGGCAUAAACCUGAUAUGUACAGAAAUGCAAAUUGUCCACAGAAUCGUUGAUGCCUAAGGUUGAAAUUUAUUAAAUAUGCUCAUUUUCUUUUUUAUAAACAAAUGAAGGGGCAUUAUUUAAUCACUGAAAAUGUGCCAUUACUUUUGCACUUGCUUAAAAAAUGAGUUUGCUUGUGAUUGUAAUUUUGUUGCUAUUCCUGCAAUAAAUGUUUGAAAACUUGUUCUAGACCUUCAUGGAAGAUUUUAAGCUUAUCUCUCCUGCAACAUAUUCACAUCUGUGGGCUUGUAGUGAAAACAUAAAGGAGCUCAUGGGAACACAAUACAUUUACAAAUCCCUACAAUCUAUGGUAUGACAGCACUGGAGUCGUUCCUUUUCAA